AUGGAGGAUUAUUACGAAGACUUGUUGCAAUAUGAAGAUGAAAUAUAUAAGGAGAAAAGUUCUUCUUCCGAGAGCGAAGAAGAUUUCCUCAAGGAUCCAUCAAUUCUUUAUGGACAAAUAUUUUAUUCGAGUGAAAAGCCGCAUUUAAUUACUGAAGAGAAAGCCAAAGAAAGUCGGAAAACGGAAAGCAAACACUCUAGUGACCAGCAAGUGUUGACUCGAACUUCUAAAGUAAAAGAAGAAACCUCCAAAACUACGACUAAUAUCAAUAGUAUAUUCAACGAUGAAAACGACACUAAAGUUAUAGAAGGCAACGGAAACUCUUGCACAACAGGCAAAUCGGAUAUUAUAAUAAUAUCUGAUAGUGAUGAGGAUGAGGUUUAUACCAAUGCCAAGAAGGCUAAAGUAUCAUCUGAUGAAGAAACCAAGUACUCAAUUUCACGUAAAGCACCUUUGGUUUUUGAUUUAGAGGAUACACAUUCUUCCGAAGAUGACAUGGAUUCUCAAAAGACGAGAGAAAAGGGGACAAAGGCAGAAGAUGACGUCGGGACGUCUACGAAUGAGAACACAUCCAAUAGGACAAUAAUAUCGUCGGAAUUGGAGACUCAUCUAAUCAACCCAAUCAGUUUUAAAACUCCAAAUUCGACGCUGGCAAGGGUAAAAACGAACCAAGGAACACCAAAUGCUCUUUCAAAUAAAGGAUCUUCAGGACAUGUUAAACCAUCUAGUAGCUCAGCACCUCUUAUUCAUCAGGAGUUAAAAUUCAAGACAAACAGAUGCCAGAAUUGUGGAUCACGCGAACAUAAUGAAAACAUUUGCGAGAGCAUUAUGUACCCUGAUAAUGAUGAACUUACAUGGAGAAGAUAUAAGUUGCAAGCACCAUCACGAAAUGCUAAAGUCCGAAUAAACUGCUAUAAGUGUGCCAGUCAAAACCAUUAUGGAAAGGAUUGUGACCUCAAUGAAAGAGAAUCAUCAUCCUCGAGAGAAGCACAUUCAAGUAACAGGGGAGUAGAACAUAUCUUCCGAAAACAUUUUGACAUUGAUACCAAAGUCGGUUACAUUGGGGGCGUCACAAAUAAACCAAGUUACAAUGAGGUUUGUACUGGCAAUACUGGGCAUGCUGAAGCUUUACAGAUUCAAUUCGAUCCUUCCAAAAUUUCAUAUGCCACGUUGGUCGAAUUCUUUUAUAAAAUCCACGAUCCCACUACGGCAAAUCGUCAAGGACCAGAUGUAGGAACACAAUAUCGUUCAGCGAUAUUUUACCACUCGCAUCAGCAAAAAGAGAUUGCAGAGAAGGUGACUGAACAGGUUCAAGAGAAGGCAAAUAAAGAAACCAAAUUAUACACCGGAUCAAAAAUCGUAACUGAAAUCGUGGAAGCUGGUGAAUGGUAUGAUGCUGAAAAAUACCACCAGAUGUAUUUGGUCAAUAAUCCCGAUGGAUAUGAGAUGGUGAUAUGA